AUGGUCUGGACCUCGCCUACCAAGGCUGGCGCUGUCACUUCUCCCCCUCGACAUCGACAAGCUUAUUCCGCCGGCCAAGAUGGAAAAUCAAUCACAACCCCUGAUUCAGCCUCGACUGGAACUAUCAGAUCUUCGAGACCCUUACACAGUGCUGCACAAAGACUGCAGCGUCAUACGCAUUCGAUACAUGGCCAGACGAGACCUACCACCGCAAUGUCUUUUACAACAUCCAGUUCCGAUAUGAUUCUUGGCCGGGACAUUCAAUCAAGAUUCUCUACUCCGCUCUACCCAUCUGGGCCUUCUCACAUCUCACAGACUCCAAAUCCUUCUCUAGGCUCACUCCUACCAUCGCCACCCGAAGACACAGUCUCUCGCACUUAUUCCGUAGAGAUGUCUCGGCGUUCUUCCGUCAGUACGCAACCCAACCAACGAUAUUCAAAGUCGCAGACCUAUGAUCAAGAGAGCACCCAAGAAUCCUACAUACCGUCAGCUCAGCCUUAUACGCCCCUCGCUUAUACUCCGCCGUCAAUGUCUUCCGCGAGUCUGCUCCCGUCUCCGCCGAUGACACAAGAUCAAUACCUCUCACACGGACCUCUCAUGUCCCCCGCAUUUUCAACGUCCUCCCGCCGCUACUCGGAGACAGACAGCCGUUCCGCCGGGAUGACCAACAGGAACUCUAAAACAGAGGACGCUGAAGAAUCUGCCCUAUUUGAUUCCGUUCUAGAGGGAAUUGGGCGUAUUCAUGUGUCGAUGAACCGAGAUGACGCAGGUAGAUGGCGAAUCAAGCGAGCAUCUGACGAAAGACCAUAG